ACAAUGUACGUAAGUAAAGACUCAUGUGUUUUUGAAGUGCAGCGAUUUAUUACGUGAUUUUAGAGUUGAAUUUCUUACAAAAACAAGAGUUCCGGCGACUUGCAAAUCUAUAAAUAUUUUUUUUUAAUGAUUGAACAAAAACUACAUCAAAAUGAAAACGCGAUUCUCCACGUUGGACAUUAUGUGUAUCGUCAACGAAAUUCAAAAAUACAAAGGCAUGAGAUUACAAAGAGUUUAUGACAUAGAUCAUAAAACAUAUUUGUUUAAAUUUCAACUUAACAGCGAAAAGUGUGUGAUACUAUUGGAAUCUGGUGUUCGAUUACAUGUUACUAAUUAUGAAUGGACUAAGAAUGAAGCUCCUAGUAGUUUUAGCAUGAAGCUAAGAAAACACUUAUCAAACAAACGGUUGGAAAAAUUAACACAAAUGGGAUUUGAUCGAAUUAUUGAUCUACAGUUUGGUGUUGGAGAAGCAGCAUAUCAUGUUAUAUUAGAAUUAUAUGAUAAAGGCAAUAUUAUUUUAGCAGAUAAAGAUUAUAUUAUGAUAAAUAUUUUACGUCCACACACCGAGGAUGAAAAGCAGAAGUUUUUUGUUAAAGAGGUAUACCCUAAUAGUAGACCAAAAAUUCGACUUAGUCCACCAACUGAAGAUUCUUUGAUUCAAGUUCUAAAAACAGCUAAACCUUCAACAAACUUAAAAAAAUUUAUUUUUUCAAAUUUUCCAAAUUGUUUAGAUUAUGGUAAUUCUUUAUUGGAACAUAUGUUAAUAAGUGGUGGUUUUUCAACAAAUACCAAAAUUGGUGUUGAAUUUAAUAUUGACACAGAUAUUCAAAAGCUUAUGAAUUGUUUUAUUAUUGCUGAGAAGUUUUUAGACAAUAUAACUACAUUAAAAGAAGGUUUUAUAAUUCAAAAAAUUGAUCGACAAUUGUUGCCUGAUGGUACUAUGAAAGAAUUGUGUACCAAUCAAGAAUAUCAUCCUUUUUUAUUUGCCCAACACCAGAAUUUACCUUCAAAAACUUAUGGAAGUUUUAAUGAAGCGGUUGAUGAAUUUUAUUCAAAUUUAGAAAGUCAGAAAUAUGAUGUUAAGUGCAUGCAACAAGAAAAAGGAGCAGUGAAAAAACUACAAAAUAUUGUAAAAGACCACGAAGAACGACUUAAAAAACUUCAAGAUGCCCAAGAUGAACAUAAGUUUAAAGCUGAAUUAAUAACCAAUAAUUUGGAUCUUGUUGACAGAACUAUACAGUUUGUUAGGCAAGCAGUAGCAAAACAACUUCAUUGGGAUGAAAUUUGGGAUAUGGUAAGACAAUUAAAUUUUGAAGAUGAAGGAUGUACAUAUGCAAUAGUUACAAAUUUGAAAUUGGGUGUGAAUCAUAUUACUCUUAAAUUGUUUGAUCCUUAUAAUGAAGAAAACCAUAAUGAAGAAAACGGUCAAUUAAUUGAUAUAGAUUUAAGUCAAUCUGCUUUUGGAAAUGCUCAAAGAUAUUAUGGAUCUAAAAAACAAUCGGCUAUAAAAGAGAAAAAAACCAUUGACUCUUCAAGCACAGUAUUGAAAAUGGCUGAAAAAAAAACUAAACAAACUUUGAAAGACAUGCAAGUUGUUGCUUCUAUAAAUAAAGUUCGCAAAACAUAUUGGUUUGAAAAGUUUUAUUGGUUUAUAUCUUCCGAAAAUUAUUUAGUUAUUGCUGGACGUGACGCUCACCAAAAUGAAGUUAUUGUAAAGCGAUACAUGAAAUCAUCAGAUGUUUAUGUACAUGCUGGAUUUAGUGGAGCUACAACUGUUAUAAUUAAAAAUCCAACUAAUCAAACUGUCCCCCCUGCUACGCUUAAUGAAGCAGCUGUUAUGGCAAUUUCAUACAGUGUUUCUUGGUCCUUGAAAAUGAAUUUACAAAAUGCAUUUUGGGUAAAACCAGAACAAGUAUCCAAAACUGCACCCACUGGAGAAUAUUUAACUACUGGCAGCUUUAUGAUACGUGGUAAAAAAAACUAUUUACCAGCAACUCAUCUUAUAUUAGGUUUAAGUUUUCUAUUUAAACUAGAAGAUAGUUCAAUACCUAGACAUGCAAAUGAACGCAAAGUUAAGGGUAUCGAAUAUGAAGCUUUAGAUAAAAUUGCAGAAAAUAAUGAUGAAUUUGAAAAUAUACCGAGUGAAAAUGAAAGUGAUGAAGAUCUAGAAAAAAAAAUUGAAUUGCAAAACAAAGAAACUCCAUAUGUAGUUAAUGAUGAUGGCAAAAAUUUAGAAGUUAAAACAGAUAAUAAACAUUCAGAAAAAUAUGAAAAUGAACAAGAAAGUUUAAGAUCUGAUGAUGAAACAUCAAAAGAUGUUAUAGAUAAAACGAGUAUUCCAAAUUGUAAUAAUUCAUGCGAGACUGUUGAAAAAUCUAAUCUUGUAUCUUCAGAUAGUGAUGAUGAUGAUGACAAGCAGAAUGAAGUUCAUAAUUUAGAUAGGAAAAAUGAAACAGUGAAACCACAAGUUUUAAAACGAGGUCAACGAGGAAAAUUAAAGAGAAUCAAAGAAAAAUACAAAGAUCAAGAUGAAGAUGAAAGAGAAAUGAGAAUUAAAUUAUUGCAUUCAUCGAUGAAUGAAGACAAAAAGCUGAAACGAGCCAAAAAGAAAGAUAAAAAGAAUAAAAAGUCAACCGACAAAAAUAAGACUACAGGAAAUAAACAAACAUUCAUUAAACCUUUGCCUAUGCUUUUAGAAGCAUCAAAUGAUACAACUCAAUUCGAAGUUCAAAAGGAACCAAUAAAAAAAUCUGAGGAUAAUGAAAACUCAGAUGAUGAAACAGAUAAAGCAACAGAUUUAACUGAGACUCAAAUGUUGGAUUCAUUAACUGGUAUACCAUACGCUGAAGAUGAAUUACUUUUUGCUGUACCAGUAGUAGCGCCUUACACUGCCCUCACAAAUUAUAAAUACAAGUUAAAAUUAACACCAGGAAACACAAAAAGAGGUAAAGCGUCAAAAACAUGUUUGAAUCUCUUUUUAAAAGACAAAACUUCAACAACUAGAGAAAAAAACUUAAUGAAAAGCGUCAAUGUACAGGAUAUUGCUAGAAAUAUACCUAACGGUGUUAAAUUGUCUGCUCCGUCACUCAGCAAAGUGCUUAAUAAAUAGGCAAAUAAUUAGCAUUGUAUAUAUUUUAUUAUUUCACCAUUGAAGCUAAACUAAUUAUUUAUACAUUAGUAUAUCAAUUUUUUUAUCCAACUUACAUCUAUACUUUAUAUCUAAGUAUUAAAGAAAAUUUAUUGUUAAUUUAGAAACACAUUAUAUUUUUUGUAUCAUGCUUAUUCCUAAACACCAACAAUUACUUUUUAAAUAUAAUAAAUUAUAAUAUCAAGCAGACUAUGAAAUGU